AUAAGCAUGUUACACUUAAUUUAACUUCUGUCUCAGAUUGUACAUAUUUGAUGAUAAUAGCAAAAUGAGCAAAGUUUCUGUAACAGCAACUUACCGUUUGCGAUCUGAUUAUAUGAGAAUGAAGAAAGAUCCCGUGCCCUAUGUCACUGCAGAGCCACUACCAUCAAAUAUUCUUGAGUGGCAUUAUGUGGUGCAAGGUCCAGAAGACAGUCCUUACUAUGGUGGCUUUUACCAUGGCAAGCUGAUGUUUCCAAUGGAAUAUCCCUUCAGGCCACCCAGUAUCUACAUGACUACUCCCUCUGGUCGUUUUAAGACCAACACUCGACUUUGUCUUUCCAUAUCUGAUUUUCAUCCUGACACUUGGAAUCCUGCUUGGUCUGUUGCAACAAUCCUCACUGGUCUCCUUUCCUUCAUGCUUGAGAAGUCGCCCACCUUUGGCAGCAUUGAGAGUUCAGAUGCAGAGAAGCAAGCAAUGGCCAUCAAAUCCUGGCAGUUCAACCUAGAUAAUAAAAUAUUCUGUGAACUUUUCCCUGAAAUAGUGCAAAUAAUUAAAGAGAAGCAGCAAAAAAGGCUCGAAGAAAUGGCAGCUCGUGUGCGUCUGAUGGAGAAGAACAACAAUGUGAGCUCUGCAUGCGGCAGUCCGAGUAGCGCAUCCGUGGAUGCCAAUACCAGCACUUCCAUGGCGGUGCUCACGAACAUGGCUGUUGUCACUGGUUUUGCGCUCAUUGCCUGGCUUGUGCGAUACAUUGUACUGGGACUUUAUGAUGAAGAUUUAUAGUUAUCAUUCAGUAGCUCAGAUAUAUGUAAUCUCCAGAGACUAUAUAGAUUUUUAUCUCAUCAAUGCUAUGGCUGGUGAUGCUGUAUGCUAAUGUGUGUUGUGUACGGUAUAGAUAUGGCGUGUUCAUAGGAAGUGGUGGGGUUAAAGGAGUGAGCUCAAUUUCUAUACUUCCUAUUAUGAAAUUAUUCAUUAGUUUUUGUCCACACAUUUGGUAAAGGGCGCUUCAAUUCAACGGCGAGCUACGAAAAAUUCCUGAUUCGUUUCUACAACUACAGUAUUUAUAUAAUCUAGACAGCCAAAUAAUAUCCAUGCUAUUGGUAGACCUCAAUUCGAUUUCGCCUGCAUGUUAUCAUGUGAAAUUCAGCCGCGAUAUGUGCUGUUCUCUAUUCUGAUAUUUUCCCUAACCACCCUAAGUUAUUAGGGAAUGAUGAAGAUGAAAAUGGGGACAUACUAACAUGUUAUGUUUUUUUCUAUGACCAAGCUUCGUUUACAAAAGAACCCUCCAUUCUCUGGUUGCUGAGUACCUUGUUAAUGGUAUCUUUGUUUUGGGUCGUUCUUCAGUCAACCGUAAAAUUGAUUCUAAGUCACACUUACUUGGUAAUAAAGAGCGCGCGCAAAUUUAAAUGAUUGGGUUUUGCUAUUAGGUGCACAACUGCCUUCAUUAUUAGCGGUUUAAAUACAAGUUGUUAUUUUCUUCUGACUGCGGUUUGAGAAAACAUGCUGUAGAGAUGAGCUCACGAGCUGCCGAGCAUUGGUGCGAAUGGAUCGUAUGAGGUCGUUUAUGUUAUAAAUUACACUCUUUCCACUGCUGCUUGUAACUUCCAUUAUAACUGUAAAAACAUCUUUAACUUAUUUAUGCACUGAAGACAUCAUAGUAAAACGUAGGUUACUUAUGUCUAAGGCAACAAUGGAGUCCUUGCUUUAUUUUAAAUUAAGUACGGUAACAUUUGAUAAUUAUUUAGCAUUCUGUCGCCAGUGUUUGCCCGCUUUGAGUGUUGAAAAAUUCCCCACUUUUAAUACCGUACCGUUUGUUUUUUCCCGUUGCGCUCUGUUAUUUUUGGCUAGAAAAACAAAAUGAAAUUCUUGUACAAUG